CUUGAACGUCGCUCAGUCCGUGUUCCGUUUCAGAGCAACGUAGUGAGUUUGUUUCGGCUUAUCACCGGGGAGGGCAUCUGUGUGUAAACCUGUCCAUCCAUGGUCCAAGCAGGCGACUGACACAACCAAAAAUAUCAGUGCAAUGCUGCUUCUCAGACGCUGCCAAAGCCUAACUCGAUUUGGCCCCCUCAAGUCCCAAAGACAUCGGGUGACACCUGCCGUGGCAUCGUGUGCGGUUCGUCUCUGGAGCAGCAGCAGUGAUGACCAGAGAUCGCACCAGCAUGCUCACAGUUCCAGCUGGAGACAUGGCCUGGCGGGACUGCUGGCCGGUACAGGGGCUGUAUUAGCUUAUGUCCUCCACCACCACAAGGCUCAGCAGGCCGACACAUCUCAAACCACAGACAAGACCUCUUCUCUUCCCAUUUUCAGCCAGGCAGAAGUCACAAAGCACCGCUCUCUGGAAGACGGUGUGUGGGUGACUUACAAAGGCAGCGUCUAUGACAUCACUGAGUUUGUGACCAUGCACCCAGGUGGGGAUAAAAUCUUGUUGGCAGCGGGCGGGGCACUUGAACCCUUUUGGGCUCUGUAUGCUGUACACAACCAGGAACAUGUGCUGGAAAUCCUCUCAGAAUAUAAGGUUGGUGAACUGAAUGCAGAAGACAAGAAGAAGCAGCAGGCUAUUAAAUCAUCCGACCCCUACUCCUCUGACCCUGAGCGUCACCCCGUACUGCGCAUCAACAACCUCAAACCCUUCAAUGCUGAGCCGCCACCUGAAAUCCUUUCUGACAGCUACAUCACCCCCUCUGCUUUCUUCUUCAAAAGGAACCACUUGCCAGUUCCUCAGGUGGACCCAGCGUCAUAUCAGCUGCACGUGGAGGGACUGCCUGGAGGAGUGCUGACACUGUCUUUAGAGGACUUGAAGACUCGAUUCCCCAAGCACACUGUGACCGCCACGCUACAGUGUGCAGGUAACCGCCGUUCUGAGAUGAAUACGGUCAAACUGGUGAAAGGACUGAACUGGGGCAUCGCUGCCAUCAGUAAUGCCACAUGGAGCGGUGCUAAGCUCAGAGAUGUACUGCAGGCAGCUGGAUACGGGCCAGAGGUGGCACAGUGGGCUCGCCACGUACAGUUUGAGGGGCUGGACAAAGAUGUGACGGGGACGACUUACGGUGCCUCCAUCCCUCUAAACAAGGCAGUUACUGAGGAAGGUGAUGUGCUGCUGGCUUAUGAAAUGAAUGGUCAGGAGCUUCCGGCUGACCAUGGCUUCCCUGUCCGUGUUGUGGUACCGGGUAUAGUGGGCGCACGCAAUGUAAAGUGGCUGGGUAAGAUCAUAAUAAGUGCAGAGGAGAGCAGCAGCCACUGGCAACAGAACGACUACAAGGGCUUCUCCCCUGGGACAGACUGGGACACGGUGGAUUUCAAGUCUGCUCCAGCAAUCCAAGAGCUGCCCAUUCAGUCAGCCAUCACCACACCAGCAGACGGCGCUGUGGUGGACCGCAGCGACGAGGAGGUGACCGUGAAGGGUUAUGCAUGGAGCGGCGGUGGCCGAGAGGUGGUGCGCGUAGAUGUUUCUCUGGAUGGAGGGAAGACGUGGCAGGUGGCCCAGCUGAGGAACAGCGAUAAGGGACAAGCUCCUGAACCUAUGCCGCCACCGGGACGAGCUUGGGCCUGGAAGCUGUGGGAGGUGACAACUCCUCUUCCUCCCGAGGCUCAAGAGCUGGAGAUUAUCUGCAAGGCAGUUGACAACAGUUACAACAUGCAGCCAGACACAGUUGCUCCCAUCUGGAAUCUGAGAGGAGUGCUGAGUAACGCCUGGCACCGAGUGAAGGUGAAGAUCAGAGAGGACGAGUGUGAGGAAUAGACUCUGUGAGAUGUGUCAAUACACAAGAAACAAGAUAUUUAUACAGUCUUGUUUCCUGAAAGAAUUUCAGCAGUAUCUAGAACAAUGUUGCUGAAGGCUGUAAAUGAUAAAACCAAAACAUGUCCAGUUUUGUCAUAUAUAGAUCCAUUUACACUUAUGUCUUAAUUGAGAAAGUGAUUCAGAUAAUCCUGAAUCUUUUUGAUCUAUAGGAAAGAAAACAUUUAUUUUUCUAAUCAUCCUUAAUGCCGAAGAUGUACGCACAGUUUAUGAAAAGGGUUGAAUUGUUCUUUGUGAUUAACUUGCAUUAUAACUUAAAAGCCUCAUUUUUAUUAAUAUGAUGGAAUAUGUAGAGAAUGAAGUUAAUUAUUUAGUAAUUUUAUUUAUAGUGAAGGCUGUUAGAGUUGCGUGGGGUGUCUACUUAAGGAGUUUAUCAAUACUGCAAUUAAUUGAUUUUGAAUGAAGACAUUUGGGGUUUUGUUUACCUGCAGCUGUGCUUCUGUUCGAGAUUAACCUCUACAGGCCAGGAGAUGUGAAAAUAAUAAUUUUUCACGAGAAAUUUUAGUCGUUUUAAGAAGUCAGCGUUAUUCAGGUUGUAAACUUCUCCUCUCUGUUUCAAAGUUGAUUUGAAGCACCAGACCUGACUGUGGUCUCUGUUGGAGAUCUGCGUGCAUAUCAAACUACACUACAACACAUUACAGAUUUCUGGAUUGAUCUGAUGUGUAACAAAUGCUCUAUUAUCAGGUGAGUGUGAGGUAAUGGGGAUAUAGAGGAAGAUAACGAGAGUGUAUGUUAACUCCUAUCAAGCAGACAAAUGAUCAGUAAAUAAUGUGUCAGGCUAGCUACAGUUAACCUUUAUAUACACGCUUUUGAAACUCAUUUAAACUGCAGUGACCACACAGCUUUUCCAGAAGUAACCCUGCUGUUUUUCAGGGUCAUAUUCAGUCAUAUUAAUGUUAAAAUAUACUGACAGUUGAAUCUGCUGAAUUCCUGUCAUAGCAGUUAGCCCUGAGAUUAACUUGGAUUACACCACGUGUUGUAUAAAAUGUGCAUUACCGUUGAAGAUGAUGAAUAAACAACUCUAAUUUUA